AUGGAUCUUAGAAGCACCGAUAUCCUCCAUCGCGACGAACGUUCGCCUUCGGGCCUAUCGUCUCCGAGAAUUGACGACAAGGCCCUGUACCGCAAGAUCGACGCCCACAUUCUUCCCCUUAUGUUCGCGAGUUACCUUUUGCAAAGUUUAGACAAGAUCGUCAUCAACUAUGCCAAUAUCAUGGGUCUACAAGAGGAUUUAGGAAUGUACGGGCAGCAGUUUAGCUGGGUGGCAACGUCCUUCUACAUCGCAUACACUGCUGGCGAGUUUCCUCAAGGAUGCCUUCUCCAAAUAUUCCCUCCAGCAAAAGUGUUGGGGGUGAACAUCGUGAUAUGGGGUAUCUUGGUAUGCUCCACGACUGCCUGCGAGAACUUUGCCAGCCUGCUGGCCGUGCGAACUUUACUGGGUUUCUGCGAGUCGGUCAUCGGGCCUUCAUUGAUACUGGUUACUAGCCAGUGGUACACGCGGCGUGAGAGCAUACCCCGAUAUGGGCUCUGGUAUUGUGGACUCGGAGCUUCGCAAAUUCUGGGCGGUAUUAUUAGUUUCGCGGCACAGCAUGGGUCUAGGACGGCAUCUUUUUCCAGCUGGCGCAUCAUGUUUGUUGCGGUGGGCUCUUUCAACAUCGUUGUAGCCCUGCUGAUUCUUCUUUUGCUUCCGAAGACGCCGGAUGUCACUCCUUGGCUGAACGAAGAGGAGAAAAAACACAUUCGUGAGAGGCUGGCGCUUGAUCAAGCUGGUACGGGGAGGAAAGUGUUCCAAAAGAAGGCGUUAGUGGAGGCGCUCUUCUUCGACGCACAAGUAUGGAUUCUUUUCGUUCUGACGACACUCGUCCUGAUUCCCGCAGGAGUUAUAGCAAACUUUAGCGCGGUGAUGAUUAAAGGCUUCGGUUAUGACUCUAAGAGUGCUGCUCUGCUGAACAUUCCCUCCGGAGCGGUCACAAUUAUCGCAAUUCUGGGCAGCACGUACGCUGUUAUGAUGGAAUUUCCGCGAUACCUGUGCAUAAUAGUCUUGAUGGUGCCAGCGGUGCUCGGCGCCGGUCUAAUGUCGUUUUACCAAGGUGGUAAAGGUGGCGUACUUGCGGGUAUCUACCUUCUCAACUUUGGCACGGCACCACUGGUGUUCAUAUAUUCUCUUUGCGGCACCAAUACCCAUGGGUACACGAAGAAGGUUGCGACGAAUGCCAUCGUAGGAAUUGCUCAUGGUCUUGGGAGUGUCAUCGGCCCACAGACGUUCUUGAGUUGGGAGGCACCGCGAUAUAUAAGUGCUAAAAUCACCCUCUUUGGCGUAGAUGCUGCCGUUAUUGGAGUAACAGUACUUUUACGGCUGUUGUAUGGGUGGCGGAAUAAGGAGAGAGUCAAAGAAAGGCGAGCAGAGCUUGAUGCGAUUAGUAGUGGAUGCGUGGAUCCCCUGGCACGCGACCAAGAAGGAGAAGAAACGGAUAUGAGGAACAAGGCUUUUGUGUAUAUCUAUUAG